AGACGAACCUUCUUCUUCUGAUCGUUUUUCUGUCCAGUAAACAUCAUGUCUCGUGAAACCAGCGCAUCAAGCAGCCACAGGGGGCGCUACACCAAACCGGUGCCGACGUCCAACCUCGCGAGUGAAGACGAUGAUUUUCCAGAGUUUGAACCUUUUGAAGGCGUCGCCGACUCCGAGGCCACGCCCAGAACAUUUUCACCAGGGGCGUCUCUGUCGGUGGAGAACGUGGACAUGUGUCAACUCAUCAACAAACCCAAUCACUUCACCACCGCCUACGACCUCCAGAACCUGGUGGUGCGCCGCGGCCAGGAGUUCGUGGUCAGAAUCACCUUCAGCCGCGCGCUGACUCAGCAGGACGACUUCCAGCUCGAGUUCCUCAUUGGCUCCAACCCCUCUGCCAGUAAAGGCUCCCUGAUCGUGGUGACGUUCGGCCCCCGGCCCGGGGGCCCCUGGUCCGGCCGGAUCCUGGAGGUUCAGGGGCCGGUGGUGAUGGUCGGCAUCACCCCGACGCCGGACGCCAUCGUGGGGAAGUUUCGUACGUACGUGGCCAUCGAGGCGGGCGGCGGCCUCCAGAGGACCAGCAGGACGACCAGCACCGACAUGUACCUGCUCUUCAACGCCUGGUGUCCCGACGACUGCGUGUUUCUCCCGGAUGAGGCCGAGCGGGGGGAGUACAUCCUGAACGACUACGGGGUGAUCUACCAGGGCAGCGUGGGCAGUGUGUCGCAUCGGAACUGGAUGUAUGGACAGUUCGAGCAGGGCGUCCUGGACGCCUGCAUCUACAUCCUGGAUGCGUCUCGGAUGCUGAUCUGCGACCGAGGCGACGCCAUCAAGCUGAUCAGGAAGGGGUCGGCCAUGUUGAACUCUCAGGACGACUCGGGCGUGCUGGUGGGGAACUGGAGUGAGGACUUCUCCAUGGGCACGUCCCCCACGUCCUGGACAGGCAGCACCAGCAUCCUGCUGGAGUACGCCAGCACCGGCGUCCCCGUGUCCUUCGCUCAGUGCUGGGUGUUCGCCGGCGUCUUCAACACCUUCCUGCGCUGCCUCGGCCUCCCGGCCAGAGUCAUCACCAACUUCUCCUCCGCUCACGACAACACAGGGAACCUGAAGACCGACCUGAUCUUCCAUCCGGACGGGACGCCGGACGAGCGCCACACCACCGACUCCAUCUGGAACUACCACUGCUGGAACGAGGUGUUCAUGGUGCGUAAGGACCUCCCACGGAGCCUGGGGGGGUGGCAGGUGGUGGACGCCACGCCGCAGGAGACCAGCGAUGGACACUUCCGCUGUGGACCGGCCUCGGUGGCGGCCAUCAGAGACGGGCUGCUGUGUCAUCCCUUCGACUGCGGCUUCGUCUUCGCUGAGGUCAACAGUGACGUCGUGUUCCACAAGCGAGAUCGUUACGGGACCUUGAGUCCGUUCAGGGUCGACAAGAACCACGUGGGUCAGGCUGUGUACACCAAGGCUGUGGGGGGGCCCGGCCCAGUGGACAUCAAACACACCUACAAGUACCCUCAAGGUAACACACACACACACACACACACCUACAAGUUCCCUCAAGGUAACACACAUACACAUACCUACAAGUACCCUCAAGACAGUCCACAGGACCAGCUGACCAUGAGUCGGGCGGAGGAGUACGGUUGUGAGAGGGAUCACUCGGAUCUGUCCGAGCCGGAGCUGUCAGUCAACAUCAGUGUCGACCAGGCCAUGCUGGGCCAGGACCUGAAGCUGGUGAUGGACUUCCAGAACCAGGGUGAAGUCUCCAGAAGCAUCAAGGCCCACCUGUCCGGGUCGGUGGUCUUCUACACCGGGGUCUCCUUCGCUCAGAUCAAAGACCAGAACUUCAGUGUGACGGUGCCGGCCCAGCAGACGGAGCGUGUGCAGAUGAACAUCGCGGCUCAGGACUACAUGCCUCACAUUGGCUCUCAGCUCUCCCUCCGCUUUGUUGUGACGGGUCAGGCUGACGACCAAUCAGUGAGCGCCAUCAAGGUGGUCCACCUGAUGACCCCGAAACUCAGCGUGGAGGUGUUCGGUCAGCCUCAGGUGCAGCAGCAGAUGUUUGUGACGGUUUCCUUCACCAACACCUUCAGCUUCCCUCUGACCAGCGCCACCCUGCUCCUGGAUGGACCCGGACUCAUGGGCGUCAGAUCACGCCUGUUCAAGGUCAUCGAGCCUCAGGCCUCUGUCUCCUGGACGGAGAUGUUCCUCCCUCGGAUCAGCGGCCAGCGACGCAUCUUCGCGCUGCUGGACUGCGUGCGCGUGAAUCAGGUGUGGGGAGUUGCUGACAUGUUCGUCUCAGACUGAGAUGAUUGGUUCACAGAAGCGUGACCACGCCCCUUGUCAUUUCCACCAAUCACAGCAGCUCUAGACAAGUGGGCAGAGCCAAUAACCAGCUCAAGUUAUUUUAAUGAUUUAUUUUCCUCAGACAUGUGUAAAUCUAAUACGAAUCGUUUACUCUGCUGUGUUUUAUAAAAGGAUCAAAUUAAAUUAAUUUAAAUCUGGUUUCAAGUAAAUAUGAUUUAAACUGCAGAACUAUAAGGUUUAACGAAAUAAAAUACUUAAUUGCAGCAUUUACUAAAUGGACUUCAAUGAUUUAGAGAGUGAAUUAGAUGAAAUUGGUCUUUUCUUAACCUUUAAACUCAGUUUAAUCAUUAAAAAGCUGGAGUGUGACCAGGAGCCGACUCUGUUCAGGAAGAAGAUCUUUUAUUUAGUCUCUUUUCUGACUUCAUCUUGUUUUGAUUUCGCUUUUUGUCUUUAAUACAUUCUGUUAAUUUUCAACCUGUCGAAUAUCAAUAAAGCUCAUUCAAAAACAA